AGCUCAGUGGUCUGUUCGAUGAAAUCCAAUAUGGCCGCUGAAGCGAAAAACGAAAUCCAGGAUUUAGUUUCAAUUUAAGACAAUAUCUCAGGGGCGAUUUAAAAGCUGGAAGAUUUCUCUGUAUAUUAAAUUGUUGCUACAAAAUGGGAGGUUUGUUUAGUAAGAAAAAACCGGAGAAGGAGUCAAGAAUUACCGAACAAGACAAGGCUAUCUUGGCUUUAAAGCAGCAAAGAGACAAGCUGAAACAGUACCAAAAAAAGAUACAGUUGAAUCUUGAGAAAGAGCGACAAGUGGCUAAAGACCUGCUUAAGAAUGGCAAAAAGGACAAAGCAAUGUCGUUGUUGAAGAAAAAGCGUGUGCAAGAGCGACUACUGAGCGAAACAGAUGGCCAACUUGAUAACUUGGAACAAAUGGUUCAAGACAUUGAAUUUGCUCAGAUUCAGUCCCAAGUAGUUGAAGGACUAAAAGUUGGUAAUGAAUGUCUGGACAAAAUGCACAAGCUCUUGUCCAUUGAAGAUGUUGAGAAGAUAAUGGAAGAUACACAAGAAGGGAUUGAGUAUCAAAGGGAAAUCGAUGAAUUAUUGGCAACAAAUCUUAGUGAAGAGGACGAGGAUGCUGUGUUGAGUGAGCUAGAGGAGAUUACCAAGACGAUGGAAAUGCCUUCUGUACCAACACAAGAGCCAGUUGAAGGCAUCACCUUACCAGAUGUACCAACAGCUGAACCAGCAGAGAAAGUCAAGACCAAGGAGAAAGAACGAGAGAUGGUUCCAGCCUGAUGCAAGAUAUAAAAUUUUAGGACAUACAGUACAGCAAUUGUAGGUAAAUUGAAUUUAGUGUAUAUGUAUAUAGUAAAUUAGAAUGAUUAGAAUUUGAUCUUUCAGAUCAAAUUGAGCAAGGUGUUCAUCUUUCAACAUAUGUUGGUAAUUGAACAUCCAGUAUGGAAUAAAAUGAGACAUCUCGGCCAUCAAUAACAGCAUAUUUUAGAGGAACUGGAUGUGCUUGAGAUGCCAUAAAGUUCAUUUCCCCUAUCGUCGGAGGAGGUUCAGAAAACCUAGGUAAAUGUAAGCAAAUAUACCUUAGACUUUGUCUCCUGGUUUGUUCAAUAACACUGAGGCCAAAAAAAGACCAUUGCUCAGAAGUAAACAUCUGGAAAGAGUUUCUUAGAGGUAAUUAAUGUAUGUAUACCUACUUGCAAACACAAAUACAAUAAUUUGGUAAUCCAGGA